CACCGGCGCGGGGAGCGAGUGGCGUCCGCUCCUCUCCCGCCCGGGAGGUACUGAGCCGCACUGGCGGCUCGCGCGGAGUCAGUCCUGCCUUCGUCCGGUCCCGAGGCGCCUGCCGGGCUGGGCUCCGGGCAGCCCCUAGUCCAUUCCCCGUGGACGGCCGCGGGCCAGCGCACGCUCUGGGGAGAUGUCCGGCGGUCGGAGGAGGGGCAGCGCCCCCUGGCACAGCUUCUCUCGGUUCUUCGCUCCCCGAAGCCCUUCCCGGGACAAGGAAGAGGAAGAGGAGGAGAAGCCGGGCCCGCCGCCUGCUCCGGGCCGAGGCGCUGCCAGUGUUGAAAAUGAGCUCAUGAGCACAAGUCCGAAGAAGGAAAAUGUACUUUCUUCAGAAGCAGUAAAGAUUCUCCAAAUUGAGGACAAAAGAAACCAUGCUGAGAAGUCAGUUAUUCCUCCAACCCAAGAAGAUACCAAAAAGCCAAAUGACCUUUCCAGUUCUGUUUCAGAUACCAAAACAGGAGAAAGUGAUAGGCACCCAAAAGAAAGCUUUUUUCAAUUUCUUGGUAACUUAUUCAAUAUCUCAGGAAAAUCUUCACUUGGGGAUGCUAAGCAAUCUUCUUUCAAAGAUGACCAUGAUAAAACUGAAAAAGAUUCACAGAUUCCUAGUGACUCUCAUGAGGAAGGACUAAAAAGGGAGAAGGAGAUUUUUAGUGACUUGCUGGAAAACCAGACCCUUCCAGUAGAAGAGCAAGAAUCCAGCUCAACAGAACCCUCAGAUGCCUUUCCUUUGGAUACAACACAAGACAGUGAACAGGAAACCACUGAUUUGCUGAAACAAACUGAUGAUAAACCAGAGAGGCCUUCAGUAACAUGCACUUAUCAAGGCCCUUGGCAAAUUAGGAAAUAUUUAAGGCAACAGACCACGUUGGAAACUGUGAAUCCCUUAGAUAGAGAAAAUGAAGGUUCUGACUGUAGUGCAGACACACACAUUGACCCUGGAAGUGAAAUUGAGAAUGGGAUAGUGCUGUUAUCAGCCAGCACAGACAUAUCCAAGGAAGGAUAUUUGCUUGAAGGUCCAUUGGAAGAUUCUGUUUGUAGCAAAAUAAAUCUCAACACAGAAAGCCAUCUGACAAAAAUUCCAGAACUGCAGAACAUUGAUUCUUCCAGAGAUGUUUUAAAUAAAAAUUAUCCUGGGAGUCCUGAGAGAAAUCAUUCAUACUCUUCUUCUGUGACUAACUCCCACUACACUGUUGGAGAAUCAGACUCAUACCAUUUAAGUUGUAUACCAGUUUCUCAGACUGAAACAAAUUUGGCAUGUUCACCUUUGAUUACAGGAAGUAAGGGUAGUGAAGUCUGUUGUCUAGAAUUUCACAGGAAAACUUCAACAAAAAAUACCAUGAGAGGAAAUAGCUCUAUGAUGAGUGAUGGGACACUGUGCCAAGAAGAGAAUGUUGAGUCUCAGAGACUUGUUUCUGAUUUCUCUUAUAGUACAUCUGAAGGGGGUGACACUACCAAACUGGAAAGCACAGAUUUGCUAAGUCCAAAUAAAUCAACUAGGUAUGAAUAUCUGCAGUUGCCAGAGAGUAAGUGUUCUAACAAGCAGACUGUAGAUAACUCAUCAAAGCAGGCUGCCAGUCACACUAGCACCAUUGCUCUCCAGGGACAUGCUGUAACAGACACAGAACUUGUAAAUAAAGGAAAGAGGUUGUCUCCCCAAGACUCACAGAAAAAUUUGGCUGUUACAGAAAUCAAACACCAACCAAAAAGUACUUCAGUAGGUGAACCCACAACUUCAAGUCAUGUAAAAACUCCAAGAGACAAAAGUGAGUUAUUACUGAAAUAUACUGACCAAUUGUUUGAAAUAGAAGCCAAAAAGCUUGAUUUUGAAGCACAUAACAAAAAUCCUCAUGUUAUGAGAAUAAAUAAAAAGAACUCUGCCUCUAUAAAAUACGUCAGUGAGUCAACAGCUGUAGCAUGUUUAGAAAAUAAAAUGUCACCAGUACUGAAAUUUGAAAUUAACAGAAAUCGCAUUUCAGAAUCUCUUCACUCCGAGAAUCCUCAACAAUCCAGAAUAUCACCUGAUGAUAAAACAUCUUUUAUCCUUGAAAGUAAAAAUUCAAAUUUCAGUACUUCAACUCCUACCUUUCUUUCUGGGAUUGACAUGCUGAGCAAGUUGGAUAUUCCUGUUUUAAACACUGAGGGAUCUUCUGUGUUUAUUGAAACUGGAGAUGCCAACAUUGUUGAUUUUUCCUGUCAGUCUGGUGAGUGUCAAGAAGAAAAUGUGGCAAAUCAUGUUGAGGUUGUGGAUAAGAAGAGUUCUCCUCCUCCCCUUCACUUUGGACAUGCAUCUACAGUUCUUGAAUCCAAGGAAAUUCUUCCUGAUAGUGAAAAAUGUCAGUUUCCUCUAAGUCCUGAAACAGAAGGCACUUACUUACCUGGGUUGGACCUGUUUAACUUUGAGCCUAGCAGCUUCUCUAAGGAUCACAGUUCUGUUUCAUUUCAAGACCCCAGUAAAUCAGAGUUAAUGCCUUCAAAUACUAAAGCAAGUAGGAGCACAAUAGAGAAGUCUGAUUCUCUUUCCUUAGAAAGGAAAACUGCUAACAUUGGUAAAAUUUUAUCAAAUGGUGAGAUUGAUAGUCAGAACAAUGUUCCAGUAGAGUCAGAGUCUGGAAGAGCAAACUCUAUAGCCUUGUCCAAGGUAUCUGUUUCUGAAGUAGAGCCUAGAGACACUUCUCAGGAUAACGUUUCUAUUUCUCCGGUAGAGUUUGAACAUGAGCCAGUGAAGACUGUGUUAUCAAAAUUAACUUCUCCAGCGAUUAAGCAAGAAAAAAGUAUUCAGUCAACUGAUCAUAAUAAAGAGAUUAGAGAGAAAUGUUCAGAUGCUGGCUUUAAAGAGAAUUUCCAGGUUAAGAUUUCUCUUCCUGCCUCCAGACAUCAAAGUAUGCAAGAAACAGAGGUAAAUGCUUUAGAUGAUCCUACUUCUCUUCUCAAAAGUAAUCUGCCUGGGAUUUUACCAGAUAAAGAGGAGAAAAGCACUAGGCAUAUGGCACAGAAUUUUGAAGCUGACACUUGUAUGGUUAGUAAAUAUUUGAAUACUUGUGAGACUGAACAGUGCCCUCUUUCAGAAAUGGCAGAACUCAACUUAACUGGUAUUUCCUCAACAAUCCAAGAUACUGACAGCCCCAAAGUAACUUUGCCUUUUCUGAAUUCUGAUAGCAAUUUGGAAAAUAGUGUGUUUGCAACUGAGGAUUCAAGCUUGCUUAAUGUGACUGUGCCAAGAGCAGAAAACAAAGCCUCAUCUCACAGGGGAGAGAGCCAUCAUUGUCUGAGUAGUGGUACUGAUAGUGCGCCUUCUUCUUCUCAUCAAUCUGAGGAAGUUGGUAUGGUUAUAAAUUCACAUGAUCCCUCUUGUAAUUUUGAUUCUGUGAAAGUUACCAUAGAUCCCACACAUGAAGAUGCUUCCAUAACUAAACUUCUAGACCGUAAUAGCUCUUAUUUGGAAUUAGAGACAACUAUCCCAAUAAGGACAGAAGUAACUUCAUUUCAGGAAUGUUUUGGGAUUCAUAAUGGGAAGGUAUCUCUUACGUUCCCAACCACUGCUCAUAUUGACAAUCCCAUGGAAGCAGAGACUAGAGCAGUUGCUGGGGCUCCAGUGUCAGUUAACAGCUUAUACCAGCAGUGUUCUGAAGCCUCUGCUGACCAUAUAGAAGCAAAGAGAAGAGCACAUGACAAACUUUUGGUCCUCAGAAGUAGUUUGCUCAAAAAGGCUGAUGUAUUGAUUGAGGAGAUUUUUAAUUGUGUAAGGGAAGAGCUAAAAUCCAAACAUAUAGUUAGUACCUGGCAGGAGCAUAUAGCCAUAGAUAGUGUAAUGAAUCAAGGUACCCUGAAUGAAGACAACCCUGAGAAAAACUCAUCAGAAGUGACAUUAACAGGGAUCCAGCUGGAAAAGUGUUUGGAAAAGCAGGGCAUGGAAAGCAUGUCAGAAGUGAAGGAAGAAGAGAAGGCCUGUGUUUCACAUGCAGUUGGUGAGACAAGUCUCCUUUUUGAUUUUGAUAAAAAGAAUGUAUCUUGUUUGUUAGAAGAUCAAGCUAGGGAAUUAGUCAAUGAGGUUAUUUAUUCAGCCCAAAAAAAUUUGAUAAAUGAUACGUUUGAAGAUACUGAAGAUACCUGGGAUACUGAACCUCAGGCUAAUACUUCAAAAAUUCUGAACAAUGAUAAUGUUAAGCCACGUGAUGUGGUUAGGGAGUUCUUGGUAUCGGAACAGGAGGUAAAUCAAAACACAUGUGAAAUUAGUGAAAAUAAAAUAUUAAGGAACUCCUUCUCCAUAAGUGACUUAGUUAGUGACACAGAGUCAAUUAAAGGAAAAGAAAUUGUUCUGUACCAAAAAACUCAACUUUCUGUAAGUGGAGCUGGACAUUCUGAUAUAAAUUUGCGGGAAUCAGAUACUAUUUUACAAGCUAAAGACAUGCUCCACAAAGGGCUAGAUGAUAGGGUAAAAACACAUUUAUUUGUCAAUGAGGACUCUAAAGAGAAAGAAGAAAUAGAACAUGUGGAUCAUCACAAAGCAGAGAUAGAAGGUAGAGGAACUCUUGUAUUAAAUUUCAAAUGGCCUCCAUUUGUGAAUGAUGACAUCCAUGCACCUGGUACAUCCAAAAGUAGUUUGUCUGAUAGUCUUGUAUGUAUAUCUGAAAAAACUUUACCAGGACAUAGUAAAAGCACAUCUCUUACAAUGUCAGAAAUGGGGAAAAUACACAAAAAGGAUAAUGAAGUAAAUGUAGGAAAAAUCGAGUUUAUACCUUCCAUAUUAGAUAUGGGAAAAACAAACAAAAGGGAUGCUGAGUUGAAUAUUAGGAAAUAUGAGGCAGCCCCUCUUAUGUUAGAUAUAGGAAGAGCACAUAAAAGGGAUGCUGGAAUAAAUAUUACAAAAAUUCAGCCAGAAACUGACAUUUUUAAAAUGGGAGAAGUAUACCAAAUGGAUGCUGAAAGGUAUGUUGAAAAACCUGAGGAAUUACCUGUCACCUUAGAAAUGGAAAAAGUUUGUAAGAUGGAUACUGAAGGGGAUGUUGGCAAAACUGAGGUGAUGCCUCUUACAUCAGAAGUGAAAAACAUCCACCAAAAAGAUGCUGAGGGGGACAUUAUAAAGGCUGAGGUGACACCUGUUGCAAUAGAAAUGGAAAGUAUUUAUCAAAAGCAUGCUGAAGGGGAUGUUGGCAAGACUGGGGUGACAUCUGUUAUGUCAGAAGUGGAAAAUAUCUACCAAAAAGAUGGUGAGGAAAUUACUGAAAAUACUAUAGUGAUACCUGUUACCCUUGAAAUGGAAGGUAUUUACCAAAAGGAUGAUGGAGAUGUUUUAAAGAAUGAAGUGACACCUGUUGGAUUAGAAAGGGAAGAUACUUACCUAAAAGAUACUGAAAGAGAUUCUGACAAAACUGAGGUGAUGCCUGUUACAGUAGAAGCAGUAGAUACUUAUCAAAAGGAUGCUGCAGGGGCUGCUGGAAAGACUGAGAGACUUGUGUUGGAAAUGGCACCUACUUAUGAAAAGAUUGCUGAAGAGAUUAUUGGAAAUACUGAAAUGAUACCUUUUGUGUUAGAAGUGAAAGAAGCACCCAAGAAAGCAGCACUUGGUUCCCCAGAAAUGGAAAAUAAAGACAAGUGGUAUGCUAAAAAGACUAAUGUAACAAUUGUGCCCUUGCCUCCUGAGAGAGAAAUGGAAAUAACAUCCCCAGAAGAUUCUAGUGAGAAUAUUGGGAAACCUGAAGCAUUACGCACAGUAGUAGAGUUUGAGAAGACACAUGGGACAAGACUGGAAUUCACUCUUACACAAGUGGAGGCCAUGCCUCCUGCAUUUGAAACUGAAAAAGCACAGGAGGAUGUGGAAGGGAGUUUUGGAGAGAUGGAAGAGGAACCCACUGAAGAAAGGGGAGGCUUGAUAUUGCAUGAUGAUAGACUUGCUUCACAUUUCAGGGGGUAUGAAUCACCUACAUUAAGUAAGGACUAUGAGGGCUACCCAGCCUUAGCAAUGCCAGAUUUUCAACCUGAGGACACAGAAGUACGGCUCAAUAAAAUAAUGUCUGUUACUACAGUGUAUGACAGAACAAACAAUCUAGAUUUUAUCAAUGAAAAGGAAGAAUCUAAUUUAGCCUUUGUUUCUCAGGAUGAACAAGAAAAUACUUCCUAUACUAUAUUAUAUGAAGAGCCCCUUCAAAAUGAGCACAAGCAUGCUUCUUCAGAAGUAAGAGGAGCACGGUCUAUCUUGUUACCUGACAUGUCUCCUGACAGCAUGCCUGUCCUGGCAUGUGAAAGGUCUGAAAGUAGAACUGACCUUGUCCAUCAUUUUGAAAAAGAAACUAAAUUAGGUGAGACAUUUGAUGGCGAUAGUUCAGAAAUGUUCCUAUCAGUGGAGGCCAAAAGGUACAAAAUUUAUCCCUUAGCUUUGAGUCCCAUUUAUGAGGAUGACAGCUCACAGGAGGACAUUCUGUCCAACGAGGUCUCACCUGGUCACCAUGGAUCCACAAAAUCAAGAGAGAGUGCAAACCAUUCAUCUUCUGUUUUGUCACUUCUCCAGUCAGUAUCAGAGCGCUUAAAGAUGAAUUUUGAUGAAGAUGAUAGACGAGCAGCUGAGGAAGAAGAGGAGGAAGAGGAAGAAAUGGCAUUACAAAAAGGUUUGAGAGCUCAAAAGAGGGAGCAUGUUACCUUCCACUUGCCAGAUCCUUCUGUCACAUUUUACCCUGAUGAUGACCAGGAAGGCACCGGGCUUUCUAAGAAUUUAUAUUUAAGAUCGAAUGAACCUGCUACUUCCAACCGGCAAAUUGGUCCGUGGUCAGAAAAAGCCUCAUUUCUACAGAAAUCUGACCUUACUUCUAAACUACAUUCUUCUUUAAAGAGUGCUUAUCAUCAGUAUUUGCAGACAUCCAAAGCUAAUUCCUCAGAAAAAGGAGCCAGAUUUGGUGGGAUCUUUCAGGAACCAGUGUCAAAAUAUUUCCGUGUUCAUGACAACUCAGGCAGAUUGAGCCCAUUCGUAGAGAAUGUUGACAAACAAACUUUGAGAUGUAACCCAAGGCCUGGUAAGAUGGUUAUCUAUGAUCUCCAAAGAAAUAAAUAUAAACAAGAGAUCUACGGUAAUAUUCUUGAUGCCACAGCAUGGUCUUUUCCAAAUGGCGUGCUAAUCAAAGUUGUAAGGGGCUGCUGGAUUUUAUAUGAGAAACCACAUUUCCAAGGUCAGAAAUGUGUGUUAGAAGAAGGGGAAAAGGUGUUAAAUCGUGACUGGAUUCUUCAGAACAGAAAGCAUCCACAAAGAAACUUUGUAUUAGGUUCAAUCAAACGUGUCUUAAAGGAUUGCAGCAUUCCAGAGAUAGAGCUUUGCCCACAGUCUGACCCAGCAUGUUGUCCUAUGUAUAUACAGCGAGCAGUCGCCAAUUUGGAAGAGCUGAAUAUACCCAAAUCUACAUCCUUCACUGUGAAGUCAGGAGUUUGGCUUGCCUACCCAGACAUUAAUUUUAAGGGGCAAGCUACAGUUUUAGAGGAAGACCAUGGACUUUUUGAGAUUUCUGCAGCAGAACUGAAAUCACUAUAUCCGCUUCAAAUGGGUGGACUAAAAGUAGAAAUGCCUAUGAACUUAAAGGUUAUUAUUUAUGAAAAACCUCACUUCCAUGGACGGGUCAAAGAGUUUAGUGAACAUAUAUAUUCGGUCCCUAACUUUUUAAAAAAUGAUAGAGAAUUUCAUGGAAUUGGUUCAAUUCGUGUCAUCGGUGGAGUGUGGGUUGCCUAUGACAAAGAACAUUUUAAAGGACAACAAUUCCUACUUGAAGAAGGAGACUUUGAAGAUAGUAAUGCCUGUGGGGCAUUAAUUGGCCCCAUCUUAUCUUUCCGGUACUUACAAGCUAAUUUUAUAGAAUCUUCUAUCACCCUGUUUGAAUCUGACCUUGAAAGUGGGAAGUUUAUUGACAUUACAAAUCAGGAAAUUUGUGACUUAGAAGAAAUUGGCUUUGGCAGUGAAACACGAUCCAUUCAUGUUAAAAGUGGAGUGUGGGUUGCCUACCAGCAGAAGUUCUUCUGUGGAGAACAAUAUAUUUUAGAGAAAGGAAAAUACAAAUGCUUUUUUGACUGGGGAGGAUCAAAUAAUAUUAUCUUGUCAAUCCGACCUGUCCAACUGGAACCCCUUGGAAUAAAUGAACCUCCACAUUUGCUCAAAGCAUUCAGUAAACCAGAAUUCCAAGGUGAAAGUAUAGAUUUUACAAAAGAAAUUGCUGAUUUUACUUCAUUUAAACCAGGUUCUUUUAAAGUUCUCCGAGGUUGCUGGCUUCUGUAUUACCAAGAGGAUGUUUUUUAUAAUCAGUGUGUAUUAGAAGAAGGCCUCUAUGCUGACCUUACUUCUUGUGGCUGUCCAACAUCUAGCGUCAAAGCCCUCAAGCCCAUUGACUAUGUUUUUGAAGAACCCUCCAUAAGCCUUUUUGCUCUGGAACAUUGUGAGGGAAGAGAGUUACAUCUUGAAGAGGCUGUGAAUUCUGUUUUGAACAAAGACCUGCACUUCUAUACUCAGUCUGUGUGGGUAAGAAGUGGACUAUGGAUAGCUUAUGAAGGAUCCAAUUUCUUAGGAAGACAAAUCCUACUCGAGCCUAAUGAGAUCCCAAAUUGGACAGCAUUUAGUGGAUGGAAAACAAUUGGUUCCCUCCGUCCUAUGAAGCAGCCUGCAGUAUACAUCAGAAUAAAGAACCGAGCCCACGAUAGAUAUCUGACAGUCACUGGAAGUCUAGCUGACACCAGGGCGAUGUCUGUGUGUCUCUCUCCCUAUUGUGGAAAGGAUACUCAGAUCUGGCACUACUGUCGAGGACUUUUUAAAUCCAAGGCCAGUGGUACAUGUCUUGAUGUGAUUGGUGGCCGGGACACACCUGGAGCUAAGGUAGCCCUAUGGACUGAACAUGGUCAAUUCAGGCAGAAGUGGAGACUGAAUAAAAACAGGACCAUCAGCUCUUAUCUCAGUGAUCAACUUGUCCUUGAUGUUAAAGGAGGAACCUAUUAUGACAAGACUCAUGUUAUUGUAAAUCAGCCCCUGGAGGGAGAAGAAACACAGCAAUGGGACAUUGAGAUAGUGUGAGAAUCAAAACCAUUCCUACAAAGUACAAAGGAACCUUACCUCAUUGUCCUGCAGAGAGGAAAGGAAGCCACUGUGCUGGAUUGCUGAGCAGAAUGAACUUUUUCCAAGGCUUUAUGACCACUGGCUCUUUAACCGUGGAAAAGCUCAAGAUAUACUUAGCAGUUAUUCGUUGUUCCUAUGAAGAAAAUGUUAUGAUUUCUAGGAAAGGUUCUAUUCCCAGUGGUUACCAGUUGUGGUGAACAAGUUUCUUGAAGUCUAUUCUCUCUCUUAACCACCAAACAUGAAUCCUACUCCUGAUGUACCAUUAUAGGACACCAGUGACAUGGUCUUCUGUAUCAGUUAGUAUUCUGCUACAUGCUUGUGUGGAGUGCUAGUCAUAGGGAAGGACACUCCUAUAGGUUGUCAUACGUUUGCAAAGAGAUGAAUAAUUUUUAGCAACAUUAGGCAAAAGCACCCAUGCUGGAAUAUUUUCUGUGGCUAUUCUUUACUGUUUUUUAAACUAAAACAGUGUAACUUUAGAGCACCCAUCUUGUAGUCCAUUGUUAACAGAAAUCCCUGUAUGUCACAAGACCAUUAAUAAUGGUCACCUAUUCCUGGUGCUGACACUUCAUCCUUGAUUUUGCCUGAUUUGUGCUAAAGAGAAGUUUUACACACACACACACACAGUCAAUAUACUUAAAUAUAUAUAGACUAUAUGUCAGUUUUUUCUUCAUCUGCCUGAAGUAAAAGGAAAUUCUGUAUGUUCAAAUUAAAGUGUUUGGGCUUUGACCGUACCAUCUUACUUUGAGUAAAGGUACAGUUGAUUUCUUUAUUCAGUAAUAGAAAACUCAGUUUUCACUCCCAUUUUAAAUAGCUUACAGUUAAGCAAAAUCAGGUAGGAAAUCAUCUCUGGGGGCUUAGUUUCCAAUAAUCCAUUACCAUCUUUAACAGCACAACUCAUAACCAUGUUUUCCUUCCUGGGUUAGAUUUAAACUUAACCUUGAGACAACUGUUCCUUUCAUCCCCAGCUUUUACCAGGAAAAAAAAAAUGCUGUAUUUUUAUAUAGAAAGAUUAAAUUCUCUAGUGAUAUAUUUUAAAAUAUCAACCUUCUCUAUGCACUUUAGAAUGUAAAAUAACAGUGGAUAGUUUGAAUACAAAGACCCACUAUUUUGAGUAUUUUUUAUAGACUUGGUCUUUCCAUGUAAAUACUGUAUUUUUUCCUUCAGUCUCAUGCUUUUUUCAUCUUUUAAGCAGAAUCUGAAAAAAGUCCCCAUAUCCAUAUGUUGAGUGCCUCUCAUGGGUGUGGUAAUAUUAUUUAAUGGAACUUAUA